GAUCACAACAGACGGAUGAGAUGCUAAUUGUGAAAAUCAGUUUCACUUCCUUUAUUUCAGAGAAAGGAAGUGAAAGAAAUUUCAGAGCUGCUGUUCAACAUGACAGUUCAGAAGAGAAGAAAGAAAAGUCUACAAAUAUUGUUUGAGAUCUGGCUCCAUAGUCAUUAAUGGACACAUGAUGAUGGGCUGGAGCAGGAGCUGAAUCUAGAGGCUGAAGACAAACAACUGAUGUUAGUGGAGUGAGAUUCAGGUUUUACAGUGCAGAGUUACAGUGUGAUUCCUGCUGACCUGACUGAAGCAGCGUUACUACAAGCAGUGAGUGAGUGAAGGACGAUGGCAUCUGCUGAACAGCAUUAUGAGAUGGAAGAAGACAAGCUGAAACACAAGGAAGUCCAGAUGAGCAGCAGCACUCGCAGUGAAGUCAGUGUUGAUCUGAAUGCUAAAACUGGAGCAACUGCAAAUGUUCCUGUACUCACUGGAAACACCAUCACAGGCCCAGUGACCUUCAUCUACAACACUGCAGGAAAUGCACCACAAAAAGCCUCAGAGAGACAGACGGAGAAGCACACAGUAGAUCAAGGCUCAACUGCAGAGGACAGUAAGGCUGCUCUUCAUGAGAUCAGCCACAGACUGAAGAACAAAUUAAAACAGGAGUAUGAACGAAUAUUGGUUGGUAAUUCUCAGAUGGGUCAUCAGAAAUACCUGAACAAUAUUUACACUGAUCUAUAUGUGGUGGAGAAUGAGACUGGAGGAAUAGUGAGUGAGCACGAGGUGAGACAGAUCGAAUUCAAACAAUUUGAUGCCAAGGACACAUCAAUCCAGUGCAAUAACAUUUUUGAAGUCCAUGAGGGUCAACGAAACAGAAAAGUGCUGACGAUGGGCAUCGCAGGUGUAGGAAAAACAGUCUCUGUCAAUAAAUUCAUCCUUGACUGGGCUGAAGGAAAAGAAAAUCAGGAUAUUGCCUUAAUUUUUCCUCUUCCAUUCCGUCAGCUAAAUUUGAACACAAAAAACUGCAGUCUAAUGGGACUGCUUCGCAAAUACUUUAGUUAUCCUAAAGAACUGGCCUCUCUUCCUGAUGGUGACGGUAAAAUCAUGUUCAUCUUUGAUGGGCUGGAUGAAUGUCGCUUCUCUUUGAACUUUAAAAAGAACGAUGGAUUUACAGAUGUUCACAAAGAAGCAAAAGUGAGUGAGAUAAUUACAAGCCUGAUCAAGAGACAACUGGUUCCUUCUGCUCUCAUCUGGAUCACAACCAGACCAGCAGCAGCCGGUCUGAUACCCCGAAACUACAUUGAUCAGGUGACAGAGGUGCGAGGAUUCAACGAUGAGCAGAAAGAGAAAUACUUCAACAAAAACAGCAGUCCUGAGGUUGCUGGAAACAUCAUCCGUCAUAUCAGGAAAUCCAGGAGCCUGUACAUCAUGUGCCACAUCCCCGUCUUCUGCUGGAUCUCUCUCACUGUUCUUCAGCCUCUACUGGCUCGAAAGAGCAAUGACAAAACACCCACAACUCUAACAGGGAUGUACACAAACUUCUUACUUACUCAGCAGCAACAGAUGACAGCAAAAUACAGUGAUGAUCCUGAACCUGAAGCCAAUGCCAGGUCUUUUGAUCAGAUUAUUCUGAAGCUUGGGAAACUGGCCUUCCAACAGCUGGAAAAAGGAAAUCUGAUUUUCUACAAAGAAGAUCUUGUGGAAUGUGGACUAGAGGUCAAUGAAGGGUCGGUGUUCUCUGGGUUAUGCACUCAGAUCUUUCAGGAGGAAAAAGCUGUUUCAGCAAGAAACGUUUACAGUUUCGUACAUCUCAGCAUCCAGGAAUUCCUUGCUGCUCUCUAUGUGUUUUUAAUUAGCAAAGAUGACAAAGCAAAGCUACUUUUUCAAUCCCCGAGAGAAAAACUGACAUGGACACUGUCCAGAAAGACACUGUUUCAGCUUCAUAAGGGUGCGAUCAACAAGGCUUUACAAAGCGAGAUCGGACACCUGGACCUUUUCCUCCGGUUCUUCCUGGGUCUCUCUCUGGAGUCCAAUCAGAGUGACCUGAAGGAAUUAGUGCCAGGACUGGAACUCAAACCAGAGAACAUGAAAAACACAGCUGACUAUAUCAAAAAGAAAAUAGAGAAGGAGAAAUCAGUGGAGAGGACCAUCAAUCUCUUCCACUGUCUAAAUGAAAUGAAAGAUGACUUUGUGGGGGAAAUCCAGAAGAAUCUGAGCUCAGGAAAUCUUUCAGAACAGAAUCUCUCCUCUGCUCAGUGGUCGGGUCUGGUGUUUGUGCUCCUGAUGUCAGAAGAGACUCAAGAGAAGUUUGAACUGCAGAAAUACAGAAGAUCUGAUGAAGCAGUGAUGAGACUGCUGCCAGUGAUCAAAAACACAAGAAAAGCACUGCUACAAUGCUGUAAUCUCACUGCUCAGUGUUGUGAGAGUUUGUCAUCAGUUCUACAAUCCUCAAACUCCUUCCUGAGAGAGCUGGACCUGAGUAACAAUGAUCUAAAGGAUUCGGGAAUGAGGCUUCUUUCUGAUGGACUGAAGAGUCCAAACUGUCAGCUGGAGAUACUGAGAUUUUCCAUAUGUAAUCUCACUGCUCAGUGUUGUGAGAGUUUGUCAUCAGUUCUACAAUCCUCAAACUCCUUCCUGAGAGAGCUGGACCUGAGUAACAAUGACCUGCAGGAUUCAGGAGUGAAGCUUCUUUCUGAUGGACUGAAGAGUCCAAACUGUCAGCUGGAGAUACUGAGAUUGUCUGGCUGUAUGGUGACAGAGGAAGGCUGUGGUUAUGUGUCUUCAGCUCUGAGUUCAAACCCCUCACACCUGAGAGAGCUGGACCUGAGCUACAAUCACCCAGGAGAUUCAUUCAUUGAUAAAUUCAACCAUCAAAACUGCACACUAGAUAAACUUAAUGUGGAUCAUGGGGGAGAGUUCAGGAUAACAGCAGGACUACACAAAUAUUCCCGUCAGUUCACUCUGGAUCUGAACACAGUGAAUAAAUACCUCCAUCUGUCUGAGGGGAACACAGUGAUUACACACACUAACACACCGCAGUCGUAUCCUGAUCAUCCAGACAGAUUUGAUGUUCCUCAGGUGUUGUGUAGAGAGAGUGUGUGUGAUCGACGCUCUUACUGGGAGAUUGAGUGGAGAGGAUAUGGUGUGUUUAUAUCAGUGUCAUAUAAGAGCAUCAGCAGGAAGGGAGAGGGUCAUGAGUGUGAGUUUGGACGUAAUGAUCAGUCCUGGAAUUUGAGAUGCUCUCCUGUCCUUGGUUACUCAUUCAGACACAAUAACAUAAAGACUGUUCUCCCUGUAAAGCCCAUCAUCAGUAGAGCAGGAGUGAAUGAUGAAGACGAUCACUAUAGAACAGGAGUGUAUGUGGAUCACAGUGCAGGAACUCUGUCCUUCUACAGCAUCUCUGGAGACACAAUGAGCCUCAUCCACACAGUCCAGACCACAUUCACUCAACCGCUCCAUCCUGGAUUUGGUGUUUGGUCUGGAUCAGUGAAACUGUUGAUGAAUCAGAACAGACUGAUGAGAGAUUCUACCAAUAAUGCUUUGAGCUCAUGAUGAAUCAGUGACAGUGAGAUGUUAUAGAGUCUCUUCAUUACAUUAAUACUGAAAUAUCAUGACACAAUAAAUUGAUGAAGAACAUGUCACUGUCAUCAUUCAUGUGAUGUUCCUCUAGUGUUUGUGCUCCAAACACUAAAUCCCAAUAAAACUAUUUCAUCUAUUUCUUUUUCUUUUUGUUGUCAGACAAUGUGAAAUAGUGACUGAAACGUGGCCCAUUAAGACUACAUGCAGGGCUCGACAUUAAGCCUUGUCAUGUGCUUGUCCUAUGGAGAAGUAAAUCGGUCAUUCACAUGUCUGAGUAAAAUAGUUGCUUGUCCAGAAAAAAAAUAAGAUUUUUGUGUGGUGUAAAUAUAAAUUUAUUCUGAAUCAAUAUUCUUUCAUUCAGAAUAUUCUUUCAGAAUACUGCAGCUUUGAUAUAUUUACCCUGAUUUUUUAUAAGGGGCGUCCCCCCCAAUCUAAUUAAAUGUAUGAUUCAUCUUUCAUUUUAAAUUCUUAAUAAGAAUGGUAACACUAUAGGGCUGUUACCAAUCAAAUUAAAUCAUUUACAAUAAAAAAAAAAAUAUAACUGCAUUAAUGUUAUGAGAUUGUUUUAAAUAUUUUUUGUACCCGUGGGUGGGACACAUGUGGGUGGGGCUCAGGAACCGCCAUGGCUGCCCAAUUCCCCUGACCCGCCAUGGCUGCCCACGUCUCCUGACCCGCCAUGGCCGCCCGAGCUCCUAGACCCGCCCUGGAGACCUCCGUACCCGUCUGCACCUCUCCCCGCACCUGCGUGAAGGUCUCCAGGGCGCCCACCCCCCUGGAGGUAAUGUCACAGUUCCCUUCUGUUCUGGACUCCAGAUCCCAUGAUCCUCCUUGUUUCCACACCUGCACUCACUUCCUCGUCAUCUCCCCAUCAUCACGGAUUACCUGCACCUGCUCCUGAUCAUCUGCACUCCCUUUAAUAUGGACUCACUCCCAGCACUCCUUGUCUGUUCUUAUUGUUAGUUUAUGUGCGUUUGGUUGUUCCUUUCUCCUGCGUUGAAUAAAGUACCCUAUUUUGUAGUAGUUCGUUUAAGCUUCGUAUCUACCGCAACCAUCACCUGUAACAAACCCACUUAAAAAUAACAUGAAAAAUCAAUUUAUCAAUGUAAUCAUUCUAACAUAAAUGGACAUUUUUACAUGUAUGAAUAAAUACAAAUUUAAAACUG